GUGCUGCCGUGGAACGUGCUCGAGUGGGCCGCGGGCCUGGCGCAGGGGCCGCCGCUGGCCGAGCUGGUGGCCGCGGAGCUGGUGCACUACGCCCUGCAGCUGCUGCCCGCCUGCGAGCACCUGGCCGGCUUCGGCUGCCUGCUGGAGCUGGCCGUCGGGGCGGCCCUGCACCGCCACCGGCCAGCCGGGCUCGGCAGCGGAGGCCCCGUGGAGCUGCACGGCGCCCGCAACGCCGUCGUGGACGGCCUCCUCCGCCGCUACGGCGCCCGCCUCUCCCCGGAGCUCCUCUGCCGCUUGCGGUACCCGCUGGGCGCCCUGCAGCUGGCCGCCGGGGCCAGCGGCUCCGCGGAGGGCAG